GGCGGUCGGCGGCGCCGGCUCGGCCGCACCCAUCGUCAUGUUUGACGAGGACGACGACGACGACGACCAUUUCGUGGUGGAGGAGAAGAAGGCAGCGCCGGAUCCAGGCCUGGCCGAGAUGAUGAAGGGGGAAGAGAACCUGGCCGAGCAGGCUGAAGAGGGCGAACACGGCCUGCUCGUCUCGCAGAUCCUCGAGACCAAGAAGUCCAUGGAGGAAGAGCUUAAGGGCAAGACGCAGAUCGAUCCAGUAAGGCUGGAGUAUGAGGAGCGUGACUCGGGCGCCGACAAGGGCAAGAGUCGGGACAAGGACGCCGUGCGCAAGGAGGUGGCCCGGCUGCGGGAGGCCAUCCAGAGAGUCACCAAGUCGGCCAAUCCGCUCGGUAAAAUGAUGGACUUCUUGCAAGAGGACGUGGACUCUAUGCAGCGGGAGCUCGACAAAUGGAGGAACGAAAAUAAGACCAUGACUCAGCAGAUCCGGUCAGAAAUGGACACGACCAACAGCUCGAUCGAACCGCUGAAGGCGGCCAUGGCCGAGUACGAACAGAGCAUCCAGGACCAGCUGGACAAGAUCUCGGCCGUGCGCGCCUCCGUGCUCUACAACGAGGAGAAGAUCUACAAAAUGAUGGCGGGCGUGAUGAACGUGGCCGCCGCGGCUCCGUAGCGGCCCGGCCUGGCGCGGGGCGGGGAGGGACGGGGGAGGCGGGCCAGCGGUCGGUGUUGGGCGUCCGACGACCGUGAGCAGCGCAGGCGAGACGCCGCGCGUGCUGGCCGCUGGGCUGGUGCGCAGACGUGUGAUAUUUGUGCGUUACCUUGUCGGAUGGACGUGAACCGAUCCUGCGCGCCGUGUCAGAUGGCGCCUGGCGUGCGGGGCCGGUCGGGCUGUCUUUCCCGCGCGCCCCCGGUACGCGGCUCCCAUCGGGUGAGCCCGCUGGCGGUGGCACAUUACUUAGUGCUCCAGACCUGGCGCCGCUCCCACCGCAGCGGGAUGGUCGGGCCCAACGCUCAAUGGAGGAGGCGCCUUGUUGGGUUGGUGUCCGGUGGGUUUCCAGUUCACCCCGCCCGGUCUUCGGAAUAAACAGCUCGGAAUUACUCACAAGAGCCCACCCAAGCGUUGUCUUAAAACAUAAUUUCGUUCCGCUAACUGUUGUCCAAUGCUGAACCUGGUUUGGGCCCUAUAUUUAUGCAAGAUGAGCCCCGGUACCCACGAACACCGAACGCAGUGGGCAGCUGCGUUAAUUGUUGCUGGGCGGUUGUGAUGAGACGUGUCGUACUUGCUCGCGGUGUUUCAGUCGACGGGACUUACCCACACUGAUAUUGACAAUAUAAGGAUGUUGAC